GUGUAAUCGUUUGUUUUCCUGGCCAGACGCGGCUAGUUCAAGUUGCCAUAGUACGAGGAUGCAUUAAUUCAUGUUUUCUUUUGACUAAAUACAUGCGUGUGACGUAAGCGACACAUUGUGCGAUAUAUUUAAUGAUUAUUCGCGUAGUUUUUUCCCCCAAGGAUUUUGUGGCCGCGAUGGCGUUAUAUCAGUAUCAACCUCGCAAGGUUUAGCUAGCUAGCAUUAUAGGUUUUGACACUUGUUGCGAAUCAAGCGGAGCAUCCGUCAUCGCUCAACGACGCAAUGGACAAGAGUUGAAUGGGAAAGCAAUCAGUAUUUAGAAUUUUAUUCCUCUCAUAAUGUUUACAAGGGGUUUCAAGUCCUCCCGUUGCAAAAGCAGCCAAAUUUCGUUACGAAUGUGAUUUACAGUUUUUUGGUCAUUGAGCGAUUUCAAAAUUCCGACCUGGAAUGUGUGCUUAGUCUGGCUUUCUCGAAGCAUAAAUCAAAUAUAUGGAUACAUCAAGUGGGUCAGAUUCGUACGACAAGGUGCGGGGAAACAGGCCGCAGGGACGUGAAGCCCACCGCAGACCUGCACGGGAAAGAGGACGAGCCAGUGGGCGAGCAGGUGAUGGCCGAGCUGACAUCUCUGACAAGAUCACCACAUUGUGCACCACUUUGCAGGACACCAAUCGGAACUUGACCAAGGUGGACCAGAUGCUGGGCCAGUACAGGGAGCAUACCGAUGAUCAGGCUGAGGCCAUGGCUUUGCUUCGGGAUAACCUGGAGGAGUCCAUCAGUCAGCUGCAGGCACAGAGGGUGAGCAGGACCAAUGGUGCUCACAGCAGUGCUUCUGCCUCCAGCCUGCAUUCCAGUGACCUGGACGGUUGCCCUGGAUCAGAUGGACGGCAUGUCAAACCAACGUCUCCACUAAAAGACUACACAAGAAUACCUGGGAGGAGGAGGUCUCACUCUGCAAGCGUUCGCUUCAAGAAUAGCAGCUUGUCGGGAGAGGAUAUUCAUGCACUGCACCAGUCCUUGAGGGACCUGCGCUGUGACCAACAAAGACUUUCAGUGGACCUAGAUCGAGAAAUUGUCAGGAGAAAUAGGGCUGAUGUAGACACUAGGCUUGCAAUAGAGAGCCUUUCUGAUCAUUUGGCACCUGCACAGCGACGGGACUCUAGUUUCGAGAAACACACAGUCGGUGUCAGCGAAAGAGAGGACAACAUGACGUCCAAAUUGCUGAAUUCAGAAAAGGAGCGAUGCAAGAUGGAGCAUGAGCUGGAGAGGGUUCAAAGACUACUAGAUCAGUCAGAGGACAGCAGAGAGUCGUUGGUUCUACAGGUUGAAAAUAUGCGGGGUGAGUUACUGAGAACCAGGAAGGAGAAGACUGAGCUACAGAGGGCCUGGCUGCAGCCUAGUCAGCCCAUUCACAGCAACUAUCAAGGAAGGGAGGAAGAACGAUUACGAGCUGGUUCAGACAUGGAAAGAGAGGUAGCAGAAUUACGAGCUCAACUGCACAAGGUAUCUGCCAACAAUGAGGUUGAGGAGCUGAAGAAGACUUUGGAACGCAAGGAGAGAGAGCGGCUUCAGCUUAAUAUCCAGUUGGAGGGCUUGUCUGCAGAGUUGGCUCGGCGGGAGCAACAGCAAGUGCAAAUGCGUGAAAAACUUUGUGAGAUACAGAGCCGAGGGCAGACAGAAAAGACUGAGACUGAGGUAUUACUCCAGGAGAGUACAAGGAGCAGAGAAGAAUUGAGGGCUAAGGCUCAAAAGGCUGUGCGUCAGUGGAGGGCAAAGUGCAGUCGACUGCAGAAGGAGCUAGAGGAUGCCCGGUCCUAUGUUCAGCUGCAAACUGAAAGGGCAGCACAGGUAGCCAAAGAGAAGGAGGGUUCCCACUCCCAGCUGAAGGCGCUGAGCCAGCAGGCUGAGGCUGCCCGUAGAGAGCUGGCUGAAAACCUACAACGUUUGGCCCUGCGUGAAGAGGAGCUACACCGCAAGGACGUCUCGCUUUCUGAGAGCUGCCAGCGCCAACUGGCUCUAGAACAGGAAAUCCGGGAGGUGAAGGAGUCCUCUGGUGCCCUUCAGAUGGAAGUUCAGCGUCACAUGGACAAACUGGCAAGACUGACUGAAGACAAUCAGAGGCUUGUUGAACAAGCUGAUACACAAGCUCUUCUCAGUCAGAAAGACCAGAAAAAGCAGGCGGAACUACAGGUGUCACUGAAUCAAAUGACAUCAGCUCAUGCCCAGCUAGCACACCGCUUGACAGUGGCGGAAGCUUCCAAGAAAGAGCUUCAGAAGGUCACGGUGGAAUUACAGGCCAAGCUGGCUGUGCUUCAGCAAGAACCAGAUACAUUGAGGCAACAGCUUCAGCUGGAGAGGGAGGUUCAUCAGAAGGAGUUGGACAACCUGAAGGCCACAAUUGAAGAAGGCAGAAUGAAAAACAAGGAACUAUACGAGAUGCUAGGACUCUGCCGUCAGCAGCGUGAUGAAAUCCAGUCUCAUUUAAAUGAUGUUAAAGCAGGUGCAGUGUCGGACAAGAAGUUGUGUGAAGCACUGCGCGUCAAGUUGGACAGGAUGAAGGAUGAGUGUGAUAAGCUCUCUGCACACCUGAGCUCCAAAGAGGAUGCACAUGCACUCCUCUACAGAAAAUACCAACUACUUAAACUGGAACUGGAUGAAAUCAGGUCUGAUGAAAGGGGGCAUGCAACUGUAUCGGAGCUUGUCAAACUGGAAGAGAAAAUGUCACAGAUGGAAACAAAACAUGGGGUACUGCUUUCCACCAUCAGUGAUGAACUAGAUGUUGCUCUCCAAGACCUACCAAGGAAUGGUGACAACAACUACCAGGCAACUAAGAACGCUACUUUAGAAAAAGAUCCCUCCCUUUGGCUAGAAGAAACAAAGUCAAAGAUACGUUGGCUGCGUGAGGAGGUGCGGGAUCAUGAUACAAAAGAACACCGCCUAAGGAGGCAGCACAAGUACACCAGGGAUGAGCUAAAAGCACUCAAGCAGAUUCGGAGCCCAGACAAGGAUGCUCUCUUGCAACGCUUGGAAGAACAAGAAAAGCUGUUACACUCCAUCAGCAAAGAAAAAAAAGAGCUGUUGGAAGGGAAUCGCAAGAAGGAUGAAGAAAUGAGGAGCCUUCAGGAUCGUGUUUUGGAUCUAGAGAUGAACUCAAAAGUAGCAAUGGACUACUUGAAGUCAAUUCCAGAGAAACAGUAUCUGACAGACAAUUUCAAGGACUUGGAGGAGUCACAACGGCAGAAGGAGGUGGUCGACCAGUGCUACGCCAAACAUAAAGAAAUCGUCUGGGACCUGCAGCACCAGCUUGAUGAGUCCAGACGCAAAAUUUAUGAGUGCAGAGAGGAAAAGUUGGAUGCCACUUCCAGGAGUCUGAGGCUAGCUGUGUUGGCUUCUUCCAUCAACAGCCCCAAUGCUUUCCUUGGUGGCUCCGGGAGCGCUGAUACAUUUUCUCCACACAAACGUCUGACCACCUUCAACUUGGACAGCUCUGCAAUGAACAUGACUGAAUUUCUCACUGAUCCUUUGCACCUCAACCACAAGUGAACUUACUUUUUGUUUUUGGACUGUGCAUAUUAAACCAGUGCUAAACCAAAACUAAAAGCAGCUCCACUGCCCUUGUAAGUGUCACCACUAAUCCGUCUGAUUACCUCAAACACACCAACCUCUGAUGGUGCCAACCGCCAAGAAUGCAGCAGAGGAGGAGCGCUGAUUCAGUUUACAAACCGGAAUUUAAUUUAUUCACUCAAUUAUUUGUGCCAGUACAUAAAGUUUCUUCAAACAUACGCCAAUGUGUUUAGUGCUGCAUAAUACGACUGAAAACAUCACCAGUGCCUUUUUUUGUUGUUGUUGUUGUUGUUCUCAUCAUUAUAGUGUUGUAGUCUAUGUUGAUAGAGAUCUUAUUUUGUGUAUUAUGUAUUUGUAAAAAAAAAACAAAAACACUAAAGUCAAUUUUUUUUUAUGAACUGUGAAGAAGUAUACACACUACAAAUAAAUCCUAA